AUGAAUUCUAGUCGGCCUGUGAGCAAUGUGCGAGAUUCAGCUUUUGUAGGACUUCGUUCCUCAAUGACUUUAGAAGAGGUUGAUUGCGAGAGAAGAGGGUACAAGUUGACUAAAACGGUCCUAGGAACAGGGGCGUACGCCAAGGUCAAGCUGGCUUAUGUAAUGGAAAACAAACUUGAAAAGGACAAGAGGCUAGCAGAGGAUCUGGUGGAAAAAGGACACAAUAUGGUACGAAUCUAGCACGCUUUUUGUUUUAUUUUUUGCGUUCUUUGUUUUAUUGUUAUUCCCUUGAAAUUUUUGUUUUCGUCUGUGGAAAAAUCUUGUCAUACUUUUCUUUUAUCAGGUGGCAAUUAAAUUAAUUUGUAGGAAGAAAGCACCGUCGGAGUAUCUGUCGAAGUUUAUGCCGCGUGAGAUUGACUCUCUUAAUGCUACUUGCAGACAUCAUAACGUGGUAAAUAAUUUCUUAGACGAAAUAAUAAAAGGGUUUCUGGGAUUCGUUCAAUUCGAAAGUAUCAGUUAUUGCCGGGCUAGAAUUUUUUUUGUUUUAUUCAUUUCAAGAUCGAGGUUUCGAUAGUUUUGCAGAAAAUAUAUUAAAACCACGAGCUGACAAAACAAAAUGAAUUGAUAGCUUUUAAUUCUUCAGAUUCUGAUUUUAAUAUUUGGCAUUGGGCCGGAUCGGGAAAGUUACUUAGACUUUCGAGAAAGGAGCUCCUAAUCAUGGCAUGCUGGCUCUUUGCAAAUUAAACCUAUACCUUGCUUUUGCUGAGGAAUGUUGUUCAAUUCGAUAUCCGACCUCGUUUCGUUGUAGUUGUCUUGCAAUUUCUAAAGGGUAUUUGAUCAGUAAGGGCAAGGAGAGAUAAAGUACCAGAAUUAGGGUGAAGUGACUAAGCGAUUUUGCUAGAUCGAACUGCGCUCAUCUAGUGUUCGCUGAUACUCUCACUGUUCUGAUUCAGGGUAAAAUUUCACUUACGGCUCAAUCUCUCUCUGUAGAUUCAACUUUACGAAACGUUCCACACGGACACUAAAAUAUUCCUUGUGAUGGAGUAUGCUUCCAAAGGAGACUUAUUAGAUUACAUAAACGCCAGGACAAGAAGAGGAAUAGGAAUUGGAGAAGAGCUGGCUAAAAAUUUUUUCAGGCAGCUUGCUGAGGGAGUGGCACACUGUCACAGGAGAAAUGUAGUUCACAGGUCAGAUGCAAGUAAUAGACUAGUAUAGCAUUUGUGUUGCAUUUAAAGCGUUGCAUCCCCCCUUUUUUGGUGCGCACAAGCGUUGAAGGAUUGCUUUACUUUUUUAGUAAAAUCCAACUAGAGGUCUAUUAUCAAUGCUGCGUUCUGAUUGGUUGAGCUACUACUAGGCUAUAUGUUAUAGCCCAUUAGUAGCGGAAAGCGCCCGAUUUUUGGCUGCGUCUAGUUAUACAGUUUAAAGCACUGGAAAACGUACGGUGUAUGGUGUCUAGCAAACGAAGAGCCUCGAGGAACAUACCCGGAGAUAUCUAAUUUUAGUAAAAUCCAAGUAGUCGUCUAUUAUCAAUGCUGCGUUCUGAUUGGUUGAGCUACUACUACUCUAUAUGUUAUAGCCUACUAGUAGCGAAAAGCGCGCGCUUUUUGGCGGCAAAAAAGGAUUAAAGUCUUACUUUAACUAGCUAAAGUUGUUUUGUCUCGAUAUUUUUUACCAACUAGUUGGAUUUUACUAAAACAAUUAUUCCUCUCGCCCUCAUGGCCUCGAAGUCAAUAGCCCAUUCGGCCUUCGGCCUCAUGGCUAUUGACUCAGAGCCAAUUCGGGCUCGAGGAAUAAUUGUUAAAUAGUCCAACCAGGUCUUACUUGAUCGGCAAUUCCUUUCGUUAAAAACAAUUAACAACUUUUGAUGACGUGAGCCAUGUGUCCUACUACAGAGCAGAAUUCACUGCAUUCGCGGAAAUUUGUUCCAACCUCGCUUCACGAACCGCGGUUUGACCGACUUAAUAUUUGCGUGUGACUAACCCAUAAUAAGUAGAAUCAGAAUUUCAAAUCACAAGCCUAAGAAAGUUAUAGGAGAGGAGGAGGAGCAAAUCAUUUGAGAGCAACAGCUCUGAACGAAAUUUUAUCGAACGACUCCAUUAGCAUUGAAAAAACAAGUACUUAUCGUUUAUCUCUUGCAGGGAUCUUAAAUGCGAGAAUAUUCUACUUGAUAAGGACAACAUUGUCAAAGUGUCAGGUAAAUUCCAGAGUAGGAAUCAUGAUUAAUAUUUUGGUUACUUCCCCCUGUGCGUCAAAACUCUUUCCCAGAGCGCUAGCUGCUUGUCUUUUGGCAACCCGUAGAGCCCGAGCGUUCUCUCUCUCUUUAAUUGCACUAUUUUGCUGUUUCGAAAAUAAAUUUUAAGAAGUUGUGUUUUAUGUAGGAAUUUCAUCAAAAUCUAUAAAAUAAACAAAACAUUACAUGGCCGCUUGGGGAUACGAAUUUUAUCUUCUCGUGCUGAAAGUAUCUCUCACUGUCUCUCUCACUUGCUCGCUUAGCUCACUCAUGAGAGAUACUUUCAGCACUCGAAGAUAAAAUUCGUAUUCUCGCGCGGCCAUGUAACAUCCUCUAUUUCUUUUUGACUAACCAUAGCUUAAUCUGUCUUUAAACAGAUUUUGGCUUCGCAACGCGUUAUCCUACUAACAAGUGCAAGUUGUUGUCUACUUUCUGUGGGUCGUACGCUUACGCAGCACCUGAGAUACUGCAGGCGCAGAAAUAUGACGGAAAAUGUGCUGACGUGUGGAGCCUGUUAGUAGACAAGCUUUUUUGAACUUGAAAGUUAUGUGAAUUAUGAAGAAUGUUGAAAAAAAGAGCCACCUUUAUUUCGUGAAAACCUUCAUUUCUACCAUCUGCGCUGUGAUUCUUAGUGACUUUCUUUUACUCGUUCUAGCGAUAUUUGGUAACAAACUCUACGCUUUUUACUUUUCAGGGGAGUAAUUCUAUAUGCAAUGGUAUGCGGGCGAUUGCCUUUCAACGACAGUAGUCUUCACUCGCUUAUAGCACAGACUAGGAGAAAACUAGCUUUUCCUGCUGGAAACCUGUGUUCACCAGGUAUUAAUAGUCAUUCAACAUAGACAAAAACUGGUGGUGGUGGUGGUGGUGGUGGUAGUAGUAGUGGUAUUGGUGGUAGUAGAUAGUCCCUUAUUUUGAAAUAGUCGUGAUAGGAACAUUGUUACUAUUGACUAUGUAGGUCAUCUCUGGCGUAGGCUAGUGACAGCAAUUUUGUAGGUUAAUACGAAGGUCGAGAGGAAGCCUAGAUCAAACCUUUCUCUCGGUCAACUCAUCGAUGAAGUCAAGCCUAUACGACUCCAGAGAUCGUAGUCGAUCCUUCACUAACAUUAAUUUAAGUCUCAAAAGGAAAGUUUCCAGACCACCAACUGUUUUUGCAAUUUUCUGCAAACCUUUUUCUCGGUCAUCUGGGGAGUCAAGCCUAUACGACUUCAGAGAUUGUAGUCGAGCCUUCACUAGCAUAAUAAGCAUUUUUUUUUCUUUCAGAGUGUCAGCACAUGAUUCGCUGUAUACUCACCUGGGAUCCCAGAAAAAGAGUCACCAUGGCUCAAGUUUUAGGUCAUUCUUGGUUAUCUGGUGAAGGGAGUAAGGUAAGGGUGGUUUAUUUGACCAAAAUGGCUGAACGAGGAUCACAAAAAUAGAACAAAUUGUCAAACGGGGUAGGAGAAGUACCGAUUGCAAAAGAUAAGAAACACUUCCAGGAUUGUAUGUAAAAAAUAGUAAGGAGUGUUUUAUUCUAGUAAAAAAAAAUCAGCACCCUCGUUUCUUGUGUGUGAAGUAAUAUCACAAUGAAAUAAUGAUUAAGGCAAACAUAUCGUUUGAACGUGAUAGGCCGCUUAUCAUAUUCAUAUAUAUAUAUAUAUAUAUAUAUAUUUUUUUUUUCAUUUUUAUUUAUUUUUUUUUUUUCAAGAAGAGUGGUAGGGUAUCUCGCAAGUGGCAAAUAAGGAAUUCAGGAAGAGUCGUAAUUUGGUUCUCGUUGGAGGCUUAGAAUUUCCCUUUUUCGAGUAAGAUCUUGACGCUAUUUAAUGCAUCUUAUUUUCCGAAGACUCUGUCAGUCACGGGUCAAAGCAAGCUAGACAAAAAACGUAUGACGCUGACGUCCAUUCAAAAGGAAGUCGAGCAAGCUCUGGAAGAGAAGACGUUUUCAUCGACAGCCGAGCCUCCUGUUACUGUUAAACAAGCUGAGUGUUACAGUGCGGCAAAAACACCAGGUAAAAAUGCAAGAAAACUAAAUUAAAUUGGCAUAUCUUCUCACUGUAUAUUACCUCUUUAUUUUGCAAUAUAUAGUUUUGGAAUCAGUUUUCGGAUUGUGGGUAAUAAAAUGCAUAGUUAGCUUCAAGCAACUUAUAUCUGGUACAUUAUCACUUCCUUUUCAGUUCCUAAACAUGGCUGGUCCUCCUCGGGUAACACACCGGAACCCCACACCACCGCCAAGCUUCUACACAAAAGGGACCCUAGACUUGCGUCAAAGUCCCCUGCACUGGAUUCCAUUAGAAUCGAAAGCCCAAUGGGAGAGACACCGGCAGUUGAACCACCUCGAAGUACGACGCCAUGCCCUCGAAGUUUUACCCCAACGUCUCAACCAAAGUUGCCAAAGAAACGAGAACUGGCCGUGAAAGUAGCGCAGAUCCUCACUGAGACUGGUUACCAGAGCAGACCCACUAAUCUUUGUCGCGAAACUUAUGUCAUUAUGAACAAGGCACUACAGGGGUCACAGAAGACUGGGCAGACGAAGAGUGACUUCCGCGGGGAUGGAACGCAAAGGGUAUGGAAGUACGUAACAAACCUUUCGUCCAAAGGCAGUGCUAGCGUUACACCCGCAGGUGAGACAUGUCAAGUAACCUUUAGUGCGCGUAGUUUCAUGGUACUCCGGUGAAGCUCUCAGACGCAGAUGAUCCGAUAACCAAAUAGGACUUAAGGGAAUGGGUGGUGGUUAUCGCGCCUAAAAACACAAUAUUACGUGUGCCAGCAGUCGCAGUGCUUUCCGGGUAAUCUCCCGAUUGGUUGAGAAAAUGUACCGCACCGUAUAUCAUCUUUGCCACUCGCCUUUGCAUAUACUCCUAGUGGUAAAGAUUAUACUCCGGCCUUGCCAUAUGGUCUUAGGUGGUAAAGGCCGUCAUUACCUUUCGUAAGGGGUGAAAAAACAAAAGGUUAGCGUCAAAGGCAGAGUGAAGUUGAUGUCGACCGUGGGAAGUGGCUUACAGUUGUGCAAAGUUAAUCUUGACGCAAGUCAAAGGUAUUCGCUGGCUUUUACAGUCCAACUCUGUCACAACAUUGGCACGAAUGAAAAUUGUUCAAAUGCGGCAACAGGUCGUCCCGUGGCGGGGCAAGAUUUCAUGCAGUCACAUAGCUUAACCAUAAAAAACGAAAGUAAUUGUGAAAUCUUUCGUUAACUGAAUGAACUAGGUUCUUUCAACCAACCCCCCAAAUGAAGGUUGCAGUUAUUUAGGAUAUCCUUAGUCAUUUCCAUGCAGUUUACUCGAUCAUGUGCAGCCACUUAAGUAACCUAUUGCAUCUUUAUGAAGAAAUAAUUUUAUUCUUUCCAGUGCCAGAUGUCAUCCCACCUCCCAAGGCUAAGGACCAGGCACCCUCGUCGGCCAACCUGCCUUCAAUUCCUGUAUAUCUCAACACUCUAACCCCGAGCCCACCCACAACAGAGAAGUCUGUUAAAAAUACAGUGCCUUCGCGACAGUUGAAUCUCUUCUCCAGGGAAAGAAUGUGUUCCCCUCAAGUAGACCUUAAGGAAACCAGACCCACUGCGAGUGCGCAAGUUGACGAGUCCGCUGGUCAAGAAAGAUCUGGGAGUGACCUUGAACCGCAAGAAACAAGGACCUAUAAGCCAUACUUAGUGAACCUUGCUUUGCAGAAUAGUGCAAAAACAAGACCACUAAAACUCUCAACAACAAGGGAAAGCUCUCGAAGGUAUCCUAAAGCAAAACAAGUUGAAAAACUGCACGAGUUUGGCUUAAACAAUUUAAGAGCUUGCAAAGGAAAAGGAAAAGCGCACACUAGCUUAAUUCGAAACCAGAACCUGAGAGGGGCACUUAGAAAGGGAAGUACUACGGUUGGUAACACGGAGAGGAAACAAGUGAGAUUUCAAUAG